AUGGCGCUCUUGAAGAAAGCAAUGAUCGAAAACGAUGUUGCUCAGUGCAGAAGUGUUGUUCUAAAGUAUGAAAACAAGCUUCGGCUGUUAACUCAACAACGCAAUAGUAGCUAUAGUUACUCACUUAUAGAAAAGGUUGCCGAUGACAACCUAUCUACUUUACUAAUGCCUGAAGAUGUCCCAGUUCCACUUGUACCAAAACGUUCUAUGGCAAAUGGAAAUUGCUUAUACAAUUCUGCAUCUAUCGCUAUCUACGGCAGUGAAGAGCUAUGUAAUAUUUUAAGGCUUCUUGUUGCCGGAGAACUCUACGUAAAUGCACGCUAUUACGCCAAUCAUUCUCAUUUUCAAACACCAUUCACCCAGACGCAUUACAGCCAACAUGGUGUUUUUGCCCUCACGCUAUCGUGUGAUUAUGAAGAUCUUAGUAACAAGGAGAGUAUUGUACGCCAAGAGGCAAUUGCAACUAGUACACCACAAAAGUGGGGUGCAUUUAUUCAAGUAAUGGGAUUGUCCACGGUGUUGGACCGACCAUUGUUUUCUGUGUAUCCACCAGUGCACGAGUCAAUCAGAGCAGUACUUCAUGGAAAGGUAUUCCCUCGACGACAACAACGUAAAUUUCGCGAAACACACAAUUCACCACGAGAAACACUUUAUAUUAUGUUUACAAGGGAUUCGAACUUGAAUAGUACGUCUGGUGUCGGUUUCCAACCUAAUCAUUUUGUGCCAUUGUUCCCAGCAAAACAUAGUGAAGUUAAACCAUUCUUGUUUGACGAAGAUGAAUUUCCUGCCUUACGUAGUGGAAACAGCCAUGCACAGGAUACUUGUAAACGGUAAGAAACUUUUUCAUCCGAUAUUUAAUUUAUGCAUUAUGUAUCAGUUAUAGUACUACUGGCCCUAAAUAUUCUCAAAAGGCUUGUUCGAUUUAAAACAUUGAUAGCCCAUUUAAAAUCGCAUGAAAUCCUUGUCCUUAUCGUGAUAAUGGUAUCAGUUGAUCAUAUAUCACUAGAGUUAGAGAUUAUGUAGCCCUUUCAGUCUGGUUGCGUUAAAGAUCUAUUGGCAUAAGCGUAUAAAUAAAACUGCACAGUUCGAAAAUGUCCAUGACUAAUUAAACUGUAAAUUUCGCAAAAAUUGUGAAAACCUUAUGUACAGGAUAAACACCGAGAAGGAGGGAUUUAUGUCAGAUAAUGACCCGAGGACGCCCAGCGUCCAAGAGCAUUAUCUCAAUUUAUCUGACAUAAAUCCCGACUUUCGAGGUGUUUAUUCAUAUUUAAUUCAUGGUUGUGGAGGUUUUCCAACAAAGUUUUGUCUGUCUCGUUUUCAUUGAACGACGAUUUUCUUACUUUUCCUUGAUAUUUUCAACUGAUUAAUAUUCAAAGUGGAACUAAUCUAGCACUGGUGAAAAUAAUUUUGAAAAUAAUCACCUCGGUACAUCAAAGAAAACCGACUCAAUCAUGAAUUAAGCAAGCAAUGCAGGAGGGUUGUUUUUAAAAAAUGGCUUGCGCACAAAAAUAUCCUGGAGGCUCAAAACGCAAUUUGAAAUCAUAGGGUGCAAAUUUAGAUGUUUUAUGCAUUAUCAAAUUAAAGUACAGACUACUCGAUAUACAUGUCCGACGCGCGACCUCUAAAACUUGGACUUUCUUGCCAUAGUCACAGACCAUAGUAGCCUUUUGCGCAUAAUUUUAAAAGUUUUCUUUAAAAAAAACAAUCAUACUUAAAAUCAAUCAUACUUAAAACCAAUCAUGCGUUCAAAGUCAGUCAAAAGUCCACGUUUUAGGAAUUAGGGGUAGUGUACAUCAAGCUGUCUGGUGGCAUGCACUUUGACAGUGCAUGAAACACCUUCCCUGAUUUGCAACCUAUGAAUUAAAAUUACGUUUGAAGCGGCCUUCCAUUUUUGUACGGAAGCCAUUUUUAGAGUGGUUUUUGACAAAAACAAUUCUCCUGUAGUCGAAAACAUUUCUUUUCGAAAUAAUUUUAGUGGUGAAGAUACUGGCAGACCCCAGAACGUACCAGACUACCCAUGUUUGCAUAAAACUAAAAUUUUCACACAUUUUGUGAAAUUUGCAGUUUAGCGGACAUUUUCGAACUCUGCAGUUUUUUAUUUAACAAUAUGAAGAUCUAUUAUUUACGCUCAAACUGAUAUUUUAAAAUGUAACCAGAAAGGGCUAACUUAAAUUCUGAUAUCACAGAUACAAUUUAAUACAUCUAAAGACAGGUGUUAUAAAUCUGUCAACAACCCAUUAAUUGAAAACAAUUAGUUUAUUCGACGCUUUGCAUGCCUUCGCCCUUCAGGUCUUUUUAUAUACACGUUAUAGACUUAUAGUACAAUAGUGUUUCCUAUUAGUAUUUCUACUAUAUAUAUUGGUAUAUGAACGUUGUAAAUAUAAAUGAGCUUAUAGCUACACUUAUAAUGACGGGACAAAACUCAAAGCGUUGAAAGCACUAAUUAUUUUCAAUUAAUGUGCUGUUGACAGAUAUUUUAUAACACCUUUCUUUAUAUUUUGUACCAUACAGCUUUUGUAAUUUUAUGUUAGCAUUAUUAUCGUGUUACAGAUCUUUCAUACCAGACUUAACUCUUGAAUUAUUUUGACUGAAAGGAAUAACCUAUAUAUACCGUCAUUAUGGAUCAUUUUAAAAUUAACCUCAUGAACUAUGGUCUUGACAACGUCAGGAGUGGGUCCAAUGUCGAGGGUGAGGAUAAAAAGUCGAGGGUGAGGGUAAAAAGUCGAGGGUGAGGGUAAAAGGUCGAGGGUCAUAAAAAAAGUCGAGGGUCGAAAUUUGCGGGCAAAAUAACUUGUUUAAUGUUGUGACAUGGACUUAUCAUAUAUAUGUAUGCAGAACUACAUUAACUUUUAAAAGAUACUACCUUGCGUAAAUUUUCUAAGCGAUUAUUUUCUAAGCCCCUUCACGCUCGCAAGUUAACAUGUUUAUGUCUAAUAUGAGAACGGUCUCUUUGCUUUCUUAUCAAAUUAACCGUAACGGCAUAGAUUAUCGGGCAGCUGUAAUCCUCAAGCCAGUAAUGGCAAUAGAUUAAGGCAAAAUAUAUUACCAAUAGCAAGUUAUGACAAAAAAAACUUGUGUGGUUUUCUGCUAGAUCGGAGCGCGGUUAGCGCGGUGCAGACAUGCCACUGUUUCAAGAAACCAAUUAACGCUAAACGAUUCAGUCAAUAUUACUCGUCUCACGGCCAAACAUUGUCAUUGACCAACCUCGCAAGCACACCUGCGGCGGGACGGAGACCUUUGCUUGAUGCGAGGUUGAACAUUGCCAUUGGCCAGUUUAUUAAAUUAUACUACGUUUAGAAACUCUUUUAAGACUUUUAAGUUAAUAUUGAUAAUAAAUGCUCUUUGACUUUGCUUUUAAUGAAAAAAUUCCGCCUUUUUAUCUAAAAAUGCCUUAAUCCGAGUGGCCUGGAGACAUUACACGCUAGAAGACAUGCUGCGUGCGUGAAACUUUUUAACCAGACGACCCAAACCAUCAACUUAAUGAGUUAGUUUCUAGACCAGAAUUCUCCCUUAAUUCAUGAUUUACAUAAGGAGAAACACCGCUUUAAAAACUCUUUUAUCGUUAGUAGUUGUCUUAGUUGUCGUAAAAAUACAACCCUCGACUUUUUUUACGACCCUCGACUUUUUACCCUCACCCUCGACUUUUUACCCUCACCCUCGACUUUUUACCCUCACCCUCGACAUCGGACCCUCGACAUCGACCCUCGACAAAAACCUAAACUCUUUAGUUGCAUGCGUAUAACAGCUAUCUCAAGUGCCAGUUUCCCGACUGAUUUUUGAGCGCUUGAUUUGAACUCAGUAAUAUGUAAUUUCUAAUAAUGAUUACCACAAGUUCGACGACUGAAUUUUGUUACUUUUUUAGACCCAGUUUAGACGGCGAACUUUUCAUGCGCCGAAUCUAAUUGUCGUAGAUACGGCAAAAUAUCGGAAGCUGAUUUAGAAGUCGAACUUAAUGUACCGUACGAAAUUGCGAGGACACGAUAUUAGACAUAUUUACAAUGCAAAUAUAUGAUAAUCAUAUUGUGAUGUUAAAAAAUAAUUAUGCAUUAGGUUCGGCGUAUUGAAAGCACGGCGUCUAAAUCAAUGUCGAACCUGUGUCGCAUAUACGACUUGUCUUGUCGCAUCUUCGAGUCAUGUCAAACUUAAUCAAAACGUGUCGAACUUAAUUGAUUUAGACGCCGCUCCAGCGUCGCACUUAAUUCUUGCAUUAGAUUCGGCGCAUGAGAAGUUCGCCGUCUAAACCGGGCCUUAGAUCCAUAUAGUUUCAAUUGCGCUUGUGCAUAAUCUAUUCAAUUAUGGUUUUACUAUAGUUUCAAUUGCGCUUGUGCAUAAUCUAUUCAAUUAUGGUUUUACAGACAGACAGACAGACAGACAGACAGACAGACAGACAGACAGACAGACAGACAGACAGACAGACAGACAAAAUAUAACAUAUGAACAGCCUUAUGAUAAGUUACACCGAAAUACAAGGAAACCACACAUUGUUAAAAGAUCACGUUAGGCGUAUGUACAGUAUGUAACUUUCUUCACUCUCUUUAACACUUAGAACUCAUGCUGCAAAUAUUACUACGGGAUUCUCAAAGAAGAGAAAAGUUAACCGAGAACCAGUAGUUGUUAAAAGAACACAGGAACGUCGGCCGACCUCAUCUCAAGAAAAGAAAGGUACGGGCACUCAAUCAUGUGACUUACUAACCGUUCAAUUCCCAUCUUUGUCACGUAACUGGUACCGCUCUCAAUCAUUUAAACUCAGCGAUUCUCAAAGCUACCUCACAUCGAAUGCUUUUGACGAAUCCGACGAGAUGUCAGAUGAACGUGGAAUCUUCUCUGACCCAAUAUCGGUCAUGAAUCCUUCUGAAAUAUUACUUCCUCAGACCAACUCACUCCUACCUUUUCCUCGCAUGUCAAAAAAAUGGUAUUCCUUCGUCAGUACUGAUGAUGAUUCGAAUGAAGAAGGCACCACUGAAACAAGCCAAAAUUCAGUUAUUUUUCCCAGACUAUCAAAACAAUGGUAUAAGAGACGCGGAAAGUUAUCCUCUAAAAACAACAGUCGAAAUCGAAUUGUACAUGCAGACGGAUAUUUACAAAAGAAUAUUGUGGAUUUGGAAAAAAAGAUUACAUUUGAAACAAAUAAACAUUUGAAAGAAAAAUAUAGAAUUAUUCUUGAAGUCGGGAAAUAUUUCUUAAAAAAUGGUCCUAUUAUAAUUGCAAAACAGCUUGGGACU